UUCAUAUAAAGCCUGGAUCCACUGUUAUCAUAUCCUAUUGAUAUACUAGCGACAAGCGUGUAGUUGGAUCUAAUAUAACUGUCUUGAUUAACUAUUACAUUUGAAGUUGUAUUAUAUAAAGUAUGGUAGACAUGGACUUUAGAAGUCAAAGCUUUGCUAAAGCGAAUUGUGGUGAUAGUGGUGUUAUUGUUAAUCAAAUGGAUCAAAGAUACGUCCAAAUAAAAGAGACGGGUUCUACUUCUGAGAAUGGGCGUUGGCUAUGGUCUUGGAUUGCACAGCAUUCCAGAUGCCUUAUCUUUGUUGUGAUCCUUACAGUGCUUGGUUUUGUCGCUUUUGCCAAUGUGUCACACAAAAAGGGCAUUGAGAAACAAAACGGCCGAGAUGCAGUACAAAUCAUUCAGCAACCUCUUGCACAACACCAGUAUAUGGUUAGGCACAUCUUGCAAAACACCGAGUCACCAGAAAACAGCCCAAUAAUUUACGUGGUGGACCACGAAGCCAGUGGUUGUCCAGAACCGUAUUGUCAGCGAUGUUCCGCUAACGUUCCUGAUCCGCUGCAAAGGGAUGACAACAUUAGAGGCAGGCGAUGCAGAAAUUCUUGUUCAGAAGUAUUUCAGUAUGAUUACUUGACGGAGAAUUUUGGACGACACAUACCAUGCGGACACCUCAUAGUCUCAGUGGACUGCUGCUUGUUAAAAUCGUCACAAAACGCAAGCUACUGUGAAAACGGUGGUAGUCUCGAGUGCUUCAAUAUUCGAGAGGAACCAAGAUGCGUAUGUCCACCCGGCUGGACAGGCGACACUUGUGCCACGCCAAGAGAGACACAGGUUCAGUGUAAAUGUUACGCCAACGAGUUAAUUAAUAAUAGAGAACUCAUUGGACAACGGUCAGUGUCGACAUGUUUGAGUUCCGACAAACCAAGCCAAUGGAAUGUUUGUCAUAUGGACAGAGAUAAUUACAACUGCAUCUGCAAUAAAACAGAUACAGAAAGUUAUGAGGACUCCAACACUCUUAGCUCUGAGCUACCAAGCUGUAGCAGUUUAGACAACAGCCACAGUCGCCGGCACCGGUCAACAGAUUCAACCGGUCAAAUAUCUGGUAGUGACUCCUUCGCUUCUCAUCAUACCAAUGCCGCAGAUCACAUUUUGUCUGGACAUUUAUCAACACUACUGGUGCUUGUUUUGGCGGCAAGCAUCCGAAACACAGGUUGAGAGCGUUCACUAGAGAUAUAUUGACAUUCCAAUGGCAUGUAAAGUGCAAUAAUAUAAUCUCUGUUCCUGGAGAAUGGAAAUGUACGGAGGCUGGAAAGUGGCGGGCUUUUACAGAGUUCAUUAAGCUGGGAAUUCCCUGUGAUUAACGGUUCUGCGAAUAUGCGCCGCGAGGAUGAAACUGCAACAUGGCAAACGUAUUUUAUUUACUCAUAUUGGAAAUUUCAUUAUGGAAGAAUACAAAACAAAUUGUGAUGAAUUAUAACAUUAUACAUUUUAAACAGAAAGAACACUGUAAACUUAUAUUGGCAAAUAAGCAGAUUCGUACCGCUGCUUCCUUACAUUUGGAACAUAAUUGUAUAAAUAUACUUUGCGCUUACAAUCAGUUAGCAAUAUUAAAUCUUAUAUAGUUCUCUGUUUAUGUUAAAUUUGUCAAACAAUGUUUUUCGCUCAUUUCGCUUAUAUAAUUAGCGAAAUUGUAAUGCUGCAUUUUUUGUCCAAGCUUUUGACAAUCAUUGUUAGUUUACAAAGACGUAGCACUAUCUAUUUUUAAGAAAAACUAACGAAGGUCAUGUUUAUUCCUAAUGGACACUAAACGAGAUACACUAAACAACUUCAUUUUAUAAAUUAAUGUUAGUGUUGCCAUAUCGUUGCCACAUUGAAACUUGACAGCGAAACAUGAACUAACUGGGUGGGGUGGGGGUUAAACCUGUUUUGAAUACUCAACCUUAAAUUCCUGUGUUUUCUUAUUGCUCUUUCGAUUGUUUUAUUGUAGUCUCAUACAACAGUGUUUUCUGUGCCUUGCAUACGUUCAUUAUGUUCUUAUUUAAAGGGUCAGUAUUCUAGACAGUUUUGUCUUAAGUUGGUUGACCCAACAUUAAGUAUAAUUACAUGCACAAAUUGCUUCUUUAUACACGGCUGUAUGAUUUAUUGUUUGUUUGUUGAUGUUUUUAACAUAGUAUAUGUAUUUAUACUAGUUUGAGUCUACGGUUCAAUGAGUAUAAGGCAUAGUACAAAUUGUACACAUUCCGAAAAUAAAAAAAAAUAAAGUUACAUUAAAUUA